CUAUCAGCUCCUUUGCGGAUAAACAAUCUUCUUCUGCCUUUGGUAUUUCCAGUAACAUCUCUGUAAACCAACAAAAUUAUAGCUUCACAGACUUCAAGUUUAAGAGUAUACUAGAUGAAGGAUUAAGUGAUAGACGCAUGAUUCAUAGUUCUUGUCUUAAAUGUCCAGCUACCAAAACCAAAGAAGAAAAGGUUGCUCAAGCAACCGCUAAGAACAAAGCUAAACCCUCAAUUUAUAACAUUUUGUGUAACUUCGCUAUGUUAUCUAUACAGUCAAUUAGAUCUCUUAGUUCUACCAAAUCUUACUAG